AUGGUGCGCCUGCUCACGCGAAUACCAGUUCUGAGGGCAAUUGUCCCCAGACUGGCCACUCCAAUUCUCCCAAUCAGCGCGGGGCUUCACCCGCGCCUCGCACUCACUCAACGGCCAGCACAGAGCUUCCGACUUUUCACCCGCUUUCCUCAGAGACUCUCGUCGCCGCCGUCACCAAAGCUCGAAAGCUCAGACCAGACGCUGCCACCUAAUGCAACGCUCACGCAGCGGCUGAAGCAUCUCAUCAAGUCAUACGGGUGGUAUGCCCUGGGGGUCUACUUCAUCCUGUCAGCUCUCGACUUCGGGGUCGCUUUUGCUGGCAUCCAGCUCGUGGGCGCGGAACAUGUCUCGCGUGUGGCAGUAGCAGCAAAAGACAUGAUAGCCCGCGUUUUGCACUCGAAACCUGCCGAACCCGGACUCGACGAGGUGGACAGCCCGUCGUCAUCGCCGCAAGCACCUGGACAAGAGGGCCUCUACGCCAUGCUCGUCUUGGCUUAUACGAUACAUAAAACGGUCUUUGUCCCAGUCAGAAUAGGUCUGACAGCUGCAUUUACGCCGAGAUUGGUCGGGUGGUUGCGUAGCAGAGGUUGGGCGGGAGGAACGGGAACGAAGCGAGCUGCGAAUGAAAUGCGCGAGAUGAUUCGCAGAAAAAGCAGGGACCGCGACUAG